AUGGAGUCGUGCGACAGCGCCUGCGAGGGCAUCGAAGACUCGGACACCGGUUUCAUGGUCAUGGCGACCACGUUUGUGAUGCUACAGACGCCGGCGCUCGGGUUGUGCCAGGCCGGCCUGAUCCGGCGCAAGAAUGCGCUGUCGAUGCUCAUGCAAGUGCUUACCGGCUUUGUGAUUGGGUCCAUGCUCUGGUUCAGCAUCGGGUUCUCCCUCGUCUUUGGCCCCUCGGCCGGCGCACUGGGCCUCAUUGGCACGCUCCGGCACGUUGGCUUUGCGGGCCUCUCAACAGAGUGCUGCUACCCACUCGCGACGACCAUCCCCAGCUACCUCUUCGCGUCCUUCCAGAUGAUGUUCGCUGUCAUGACGCCGGUCAUUGUCACGGGCGCGUGGGCCGAGCGGAUGGACUUCAACGCCUUUCUCGUUUUUGCAGCUGCGUGGCCCUUCCUAGUCUACUACCCUCUUGCGCAUUGGGUGUGGAACCCGGCGGGCUGGCUCGCGGUGCACGGCGCUGUGGACUUUGCUGGCGGCAUCACCAUUCAUACGGCCACCGGGACGGCAGCUCUCGCCGUCUCCCUCGUACUGCAAGGGCGCUCCAAGGACACGGGAGAGCACAGCGAGCAGGCGGGCGGGCGGCACAACAUUCCUCUCGCUGUUCUCGGCGGGGUGCUGAUUUGGGGCGGUUGGUACUCCUUCAACGGCGGAUCCGCCUACAAGGCCAACGGACAGACCGCACUCGCGGUCCUCAACACGCACAUGGCCGCGUGCGCCUCCAGCUGCGCGUGGCUCGCUCUCGCUUUUGCCCGCGAUCGCCACUGGCACCUCACCGAAAUCAUGAAUGGCGCGUUUGCGGGGCUGGCGGCGGUCACGCCGGGUAGCGGCUUCAUGUCUCCCCGCGCGGCCUGCCUCGUUGGGCUAGCUGGCGGGUGCGUGUCGUACGGUUGGUGCGCGCACAUCAAGCCGCGGCUUGGAAUCGACGACGCACUCGAUGUGUGCGCCCUGCAGGGCAUGCCUGGCAUCGUGGGCUCGCUCGCGGUGGGACUGGUCGCCGCGCCGCCGUAUGCGCCGCACGUGGGACUAUUGCACGGUGGGGGCGGGGCGUUGCUGUCGGCACAGGCAGUUGCUCUCGCUUGUGCCGUCUCGUGGGCCUUUGGCUGGACGUGGCUGCUCAUGCACGUCAUGCGCCGCACAGUCGGCAUCGACACCACGGUGGACGAGGAGGAGCAGGGGCUUGAUAUUGUGCAGAUUGGCGAGCAGGCUUAC